AUGGGCUGGCGGCGCCUGCGUGCGUGUGCGCUGAGGCGCCUGUGGGAUGGCGCCGCCGCCAGUCACUCCCCAGGCAGGGCGCCUGGGGGCGGGGACGGGGCGGGGUCGGCGGGCGCGAGAGCGGCGCCGCUGCGGCGGCGCGAGCGGCGCCGAUCUUGG